UCGUGAAGAACGUCGAUGUUAAAGCAUUACUUUACUUUGAAAACCGGAAGCGUGUUUGUUUGUGUCGCUAGCUUAGCAUCGCUGGCUUGMUUAGCAGGUUCCUCCGUCAGCGCGUACGAGACGACAGAAAUGGGAUCCCCGGUGCGGUUAGCGUUGCUCGGCCUCCUGCUGUGCCUGCAGGUCGGCAGAGCUCCGGCCCGCAGCCCCCGCACGGCGGACCAGGUGUCGGAGGCCGACAUCCAGCGGCUGCUGCACGGCGUCAUGGAGCAGCUGGGCAUCGCUCGGCCCCGCGUGGAGUAUCCCGCCCAUCAGGCCGCAAACAUCGUGGGGCCUCAGAGCAUCCAGGGUGGUGCUCAUGAGGGGCUGCAGCACCUCGGUCCUUACGGGAACAUCCCCAACAUUGUGGCCGAGUUGACAGGAGACAAUGUUCCUAAAGACUUUAGUGAAGACCACAGCUACCCGGACCCUCCAAACCCCUGUCCUCUGGGAAAAACAGCAGGAGACGGGUGCUUGGAGAACGCUCCUGACACGGCUGAGUUCAGCAGAGAGUUCCAGAAGCACCAGCACCUGUUCGACCCAGAACACGACUACCCGGCUCUGGCGAAGUGGAACAAGGAGCUUUUAUAUCAAAAACUGAAGGGUGGACCAAAAAGAAGAAAAAGGAGCACCAACCCGUACUUACUGGGUCAGAGGCUCGACAACGUCGUCGCCAAGAAAUCAGUUCCUCACUUCCCUGAAGAGGAGGAGGAAGAGGAGGAGGAGGAGGAAGCACCGACCACCUCAGCUCCCAAACCUUCAAGCUAAACUCCUGAGACUUUACCUGGACCCUCAGUGAGACUCAGAAAAAGUAGAGCAGUUUCCUGUGGAGCUGCAGCUGCUCGGACUUAUCUUGUUUACCACAUCUUGUCAAAAUGUUUGUGUUCUGUUUUUGUUCCGUGAAGUCAAAUAAACGAUUUAUCUGCAUCGACAAA